AUGCUUGUUUCCUGCAAGCAGUCGGGUCUCGGGCGAUCCCAGAGCUGGGACGCGCUGGGGGGGAAUGAGGGACAGUGGGACGGGGAAGGCAGCUACGAGCAGCACGCCAGGAUUGCGGGCCGCAGGAACUCGCUGACGUACGGGGGCGACGGCGGAGGCUGGUACGAACCGCCCCCCGGAGCGCGUCCCCCCGACCCGGAGCUCAAACGGGAGCCCUACUCCUACCAGGACUCGCUGUACAGCCAGGGCUACACGGACAGGCACGAGCAGCGCGCCAUGAGGAAGAGCUCCGUCCCCGAGCUCAACAGCCACUACGACAGGCAGGUGCUGGCGGCCAGGAGCCCCCUGCCCCCCCAGGAUUACUACCAUGACCCUGCGCUGGCCCCCCGCCCCCCUGAAGACCCGCGCGGCUUUUACAGGGGAGAGCAGCACCCGCUCAGCAGGUCUGCUCCUCAUUAUGGGAUGGCGGGCGGCCGGCCCCCGUGGGACGCAGCGCAGGGCAGACCGGUCCCGCCGGCCCCCGCUCCCACCCCUGCCCCCCCUCCCCCCGCCCACGAGAUGAGCCGUGUCUACAGGGAGCCCCCUCCCCCGAAGAUGCUGCCGGACGGCCAGCGCCUCCCCCUCAGGGACAUCUCACCGGGUCGCUACGCGGCCGACCCCCCUGUCCCACGCUAUGCCGCUGAGCCACCCCCCCUCCCCCGCCCCCUCUACAACGACGUGAACGGCCGGCCCCUGGACCCCCGUCAGCCCACGGCCACCUGCCUGGUGGUGGACCCGGCGCCGCAGGGGCUGGACGGGACGGCCCCACGUGGGAUGCUGCCGCGGCAGGAGAGUCCCUCCGCCUACGCCCCGGUGCCUGUGCAGAAGCUGUCCUACGAGCCCAGCUACGACCCCGGCGCCUCUGCGGGAGUCCCCGUCGCCACGCCCGGCUCUACCGCGCCUCCCCCGCACCUCCCCCCCGCGGCGGCCCCCGUGCCGGUGGCAGCGCCCCCUCCAGCGCCCCCUGCAGCCUCAGCCGUGCCCCCGCCCCCCCCACCGGACCCGAAGAGCACUGCGGACCCCGAGUUCCUGGCGCUGCUUCGCGGGGAGGGCCUGUCGGAGAGCAGCAUCACCUCCCUCCUCCAGCAGGGCUUCGACUCCCCCGCCAUGCUGGCCGUCAUGGAGGAGAACGAUGUGCGCUCGGUGGCGCCCAACCUGGGCCAGGCGCGGGUGCUGUCCCGCCUGACACAGGGGCUCAGACGCCCGGCCGAGCCGCCCCUCCCCGCCCGCCCCCGGUCCAACAGCUUCAGCCACCGCAACGACCUGUACCUGCAGCAGCCGGCCCUCGACCCCGGCCUCCUGCAGCAGCCCCCCAGCGGCCUGCAGACCAUGCCCCCCCGCAUGGGCGAGGUCAUGGGCAGGAGGCCCAACAGCGCUCCCUCUCAGCACCUGCUGGAAACUGCCACCUACCCUGGCAUGCGCUCCCCCGUGGGGUUCCCCGGCAGCCCGGGGGGGUACGGAGCCCCGAUGGUGCAGGCCCGGCCCAUGUCGGCGUACGCGGGCCACCCCGCUGCCACACCUGGCCUGGCACAGCAGCAGACCCCGCUGCCCAUCAACGCCAUGGCGCCCAAGGCCUACUCCACCAACUACACCGUGCCCAUGGAGCUGAUGAAGAGGGCCCCCAGCCUGCCCCCCAUGUCCCCCCUGCACAGCCCCCACCCCAGCCCCCAGCUGAUGCGCAAGUCGGGGCCUCAGGCCGAAAACGCCCUGCUGCCUGGCGGCCCCGCCCACCAGGCCCAGAACAUCGCCAACCAGAAGCUGAGCCGCCGCACCGGCCCGCCUGUCAUCGUCUCCACUAUGGCGUCACCUGACUCAAGUAUCCGACCCCAGAUCAUGAACGGGCCGAUGCACCCGCGCCCCCUGGUGGCGCUGCUGGAUGGGCGUGACUGCACGGUGGAGAUGCCCAUCCUCAAAGACCUGGCCACUGUGGCCUUCUGUGACGCCCAGUCCACCCAGGAGAUUCACGAGAAGGUUCUGAACGAGGCAGUGGGCGCUCUGAUGUACCACACCAUCACACUGACCCGUGAGGACCUGGAGAAGUUCAAGGCUCUCCGCAUCAUCAUCCGCAUCGGCAGCGGCUACGACAACAUCGACAUCAAGGCGGCCGGAGAGCUGGGGAUCGCUGUGUGUAACAUCCCCUCGGCGGCAGUGGAGGAGACGGCCGACUCCACCAUGUGCCACAUCUUGAACCUGUACCGGCGGAACACCUGGCUGUACCAGGCGCUGCGGGAGGGCACACGUGUGCAGAGCGUGGAGCAGAUCCGCGAGGUGGCGUCCGGAGCCGCCCGCAUCCGCGGGGAGACGCUGGGACUCAUCGGCUUCGGUCGCUCGGGGCAGGCGGUGGCGGUGCGGGCCAAGGCCUUCGGCUUCAACGUGAUCUUCUACGACCCGUACCUGCAGGACGGGCUGGAGCGGUCUCUGGGCGUGCAGCGCGUCUACACCCUGCAGGACCUGCUUUAUCAGAGCGACUGCGUCUCGCUGCACUGCAACCUCAACGAGCACAACCACCACCUGAUCAACGACUUCACCAUCAAACAGAUGCGGCAGGGGGCGUUCCUGGUGAAUUCGGCGCGGGGAGGCCUGGUGGAUGAGAAAGCCCUCGCUCAGGCCCUGAAGGAGGGGAGGAUACGUGGGGCGGCCCUCGAUGUGCACGAGUCAGAGCCCUUCAGUUUUGCCCAGGGCCCGCUGAAGGAUGCUCCUAACCUCAUCUGCACCCCCCACACGGCCUGGUACAGUGAGCAGGCCUCUCUGGAGAUGAGGGAGGCGGCCGCCACGGAGAUCCGCAGAGCCAUCACAGGCCGCAUCCCUGACAGUCUGAGGAACUGUGUCAACAAGGAGUUCUUUGUCACCACAGCACCCUGGUCAGUGAUUGACCAGCAAGUACACCCUGAACUCAAUGGCGCAGCCUACAGGUACCCGCCAGGUGUGGUGGGUGUGGCUCCAGGUGGCAUCCCGGGGGCGAUGGAAGGCAUGGUGCCAGGGGGCGUGCCCAUCGCCCACACCCUGCCGUCUGGGACGCACCCCUCGCAGGCCCCGUCGCCCAACCAGCCCUCCAAACACGGCGACACCAGAGAGCACCUAACCGAGCAAUAGCACUAACCCAGGAGCGCUCACACCCACACUCAGCCGGGACCAAGAGACAGUGAACUCCCCCACCGCCAACCGGUGCGGGAGACACCAUGUUCCACGGAUUUGUACUUUUUCCAUUUUGGUUCUUUUUAAAACAAUUUUUACCCUCGCCUCGAGGGUAAUGCAUUUGGCUCCGUAUGUAUGUAUGUUUGUCUGUCUGUCUCUGUCUCUGCCUGUCUGUCUAUCUGCAUCCAUCAAAGGGGCGCAGUAACAACGUUUCACCACUAGAGGUCAAGGUUGUAUCAAAUGGACAGAGGUUUGCAAUCUCCAAUUGCAAUUGUUCUCUUUUUGGUUUAGUGUAUAUUUCCUUUGGCAGUGCUGACACCAUUUGGGUGGGUGAGGACGCUUUGUGAGCCACUGGUAGCCUCAGCCUCACCCACCCCUCACCUCCUCCGAAGGAUUGCUUUCUGAAGAACCAACCAGAGAGCUCUGCAGAACGAGGUCAUCCUGUGUUACUGCUCAAGACCCCGCCCACUCUCAGCCCCGCCCCCUCUCUUCUAGCCUGCUCUCUCACCCGUUUCAGUUAAUGUGUUUCUUUACCUUCUUAGUUUACUCUGUUUUAUAUCCCAAAAACUAAAUAUUUGUCUUUUGUUCUUCAAUGUGAAAAAAAGCUAAAAUCAAAAAUAAAAAAAAGAUUAUAAAAUAUUUAUAUUUAUCAGACAACAGAAAAGGAAAAGAUUGCCCUUGGCAGCAGCAAUCGAUGGUGUGGACUUUAACCCUUUCCUGGUCAGAUGCUUGUCCUUGAUGAAUCUUGCCAUGCAGUUCUCUGAAGGUGCGGUCUCCAGUAGGGGGCGCUCUUGGAGGUGGACCAUGCUUCUUUAACGCUAUUUGGUAGCCAGCAGAUUCCUCCACACUCAGUUUUUUGUAUCUAUCCAACACUAAUACAUGAUAAACUGAUAAAGUACAUGAGUAUCACAGAAAAGUGUGAAUCUGAACACUGUUAAAAAGGUCGUGCACUCUGUAUUUCUCUGUGAACAGUAAUCAGUGCAGGAGGUGACUGUAGGAAUGAGAAACACCAGCCUUUUGAGAGUUUUCAGUAAAUUUCCCAGUGUGUGAAACAUCGGAUUGCCCAUAUCUCUGCAGUCAGUAGUGCAACCUGGGCUAUAAGCAACUUAUCUUUGAAAUUGUUUAUAAAUAUAAACUAUUCCAGUCAAAUCCUUGCAGACAGGAAAGGGUUAAAGCAAAGUUUAUUUCUUACUGACUCAGGAAAACACUUUUUGCAGAUAAUUUUUUCCCAAAUAUUGUCUGAGAAAGAAAAAGGUCUGAAUAUUUUCUCUCCUACCCCUGGUUUCCCAUUGUGGUAUUUUUAUAUACUAAACAUCCCAUGUUUCUGGUGUUUAAAGUUUUGCAGUCCUGCUAGAUUUGUAUUGACUAAAUUGUUCUUAUAACCAUAGUCUUAUGUGAAGCACCCCUUCUGUUUUGUUCUAAUGAAAGCCAGUUGGAGCUCUUGGGGGCGUUGUGUACUCUGUGAGAAAUAGCAUAAUCCUUCUAGUGUCCCAACUAUAGCGAGAGGAGCCUGCCAGCAGUAUGUUUGGUUUUUAGUGUGAGUAUUUGUAUUUGUUUCUUGUACAAGGUGAACAUUUAGCAUUCAGUGCAGUUCAAAUAAAAAAAUACACUUCUGAAAUUGUGUUC